AUGCCUGCCAGUUAACCCUUCCUCUUUAUCGCUUUCGCUGACCCGUCUGAGACUUCAUCCGUGUUUCCAGAGCUCAAGUCGAAGCUGAAGAACCACUACAGGGCGCACAGGCUCUCGUUUUGGCUGAACCUCGUGCCCGACCUCCACAAGCCGGGCUCCGACGACGUUCCGAGAUCGCAUCAUCUUCUCGACACCGAACAGGUGCCGCCUAGAUUUAUCCAGAGGAUACCGACGACGACCCGGAUGACCACAGCGGAAGUGACCCUCACGGAGAAGGCGCAAAACGUCUCGACAGCAAUACCGAGCGAACUAGCCUUCGAAGACUCAACUGCCCAGCCGGAGGACGGAUUCGCGGCUUACUCGACAGCCCUGAGCGUAACGAUAGCGAUCGGCUGUAGCCUACUGAUACUCAACGUCCUAAUUUUCGCCGGUGUGUACUAUCAACGGGACAAGAGCAACCAGCACAAUUGCUCGAAGAAGCGACAGGAGAACGGGCAGAUGCCCAACAACAUUUGCGGGGACCUGGACACGAAGACUGCCGAGAGACACCACAUCCAACACAUUCCGCCACCCGAGUUCGCCGACCUGCAGAACAACAGCUGUCACGUACCGAUGCCGCCGCCGCCGCCGAAGAACACGAAGCCAGGGAAACCGGGACAGAACCUGAUCAUCAGUCCUAAUCAGCUGCAGCAGGAGAGCAUGGCGAUGACCGGCACCGGGACGCUGAAGAAGGGCCACAAUCAUCAACAGCAGGUGAUGGACGAGCUGAGGGUUUGA